AAGAGAGAUUCUAUUUUUGUUUGUUUUACCUUUGAACUAUAGCUGACUAACUAAACCCAGAUAUGGAAUGAAAUAUUUGUUACAGUUACAACAAUUUGGUUAAACUGACUGAGACAGAUUUUUCUGGCCUGGAGAAACUGGAAUUGUUGAUGUUGCACAGUAAUCAGAUACAUACAAUUCAAGACAAGACAUUCUCUGAUUUACAUUUGUUAAAGAUCUUAAAGAUGAGCUAUAAUAAAGUCAAAGUUAUUCAAGCAGACACAUUUCAUGGUCUCAUGGCUUUGGUACGUUUGCACAUGGAUCACAAUGAAAUUGAAUUUGUAAACCCAAAAGCUUUCUAUGGUCUCACCUCACUGAAGCUAGUUCAUUUGGAAGGAAAUUUACUUAAACAACUUCAUCCAGAUACUUUUGUCACUUUGCGGUACCUUGAGGUGUUCAAAACAUCUGCCAUAAAGCAUAUCUACUUGUCUGACAACUUCCUGACUUCUCUGCCGCAAGACAUUUUCUCAUAUAUGUCUGAAUUAGAGAGCCUCCAUCUUCAUGGAAACCCUUGGAUAUGUGAUUGCACUUUGCACUGGUUUGCGGAAUGGGGAGGAAAGCAUUCAGAUGUUGUAAAAUGCAAAAAAGGCAGAGAUGCUGCAGAUACUCUGCAAUGUCCGGUGUGUGCCAACCCCAGGAAUUCUAAAGAGAAACAUUUAACUAAAAUGCCACUCUCUUCAUUUAACUGCAUUAAACCAACUAUAGACACAACUUUGAAGUUGAAGACUGUAACUGUGGUAGACGAUGGAGACUUUACUUCAGUUUCUCCCAAAGAUUUUAUGGCCCCUAUAGGAACUAUGACAUUAAACAUGACAGACCAAACAGGGAAUCGAGUAAAUAUAGCUUGUAAUGUGCAGAAGCCUUCAAAAAUGUCUCCAGUUAUAUUUACAAAAACUGGCAACACCACACUACUUGAAAUAUCAUUGUCGACUUUUCUUAUAUGUAGCAUUGACCAUGAGCAUAUUCAGCAACUAUGGAGCAUUCUUGCCCUUUAUAGUGAUUCUCCACUAAAACUGACAAGGGAACAGUUACUAACAGAAAUGCCUUAUACCAGUUACAAGUACAAACAAAUAGAUUCUAAAAAUGAAGAACUUUUCACUGAUGUAGAAGCUGAACUGACAGCUGAGCCUCCUUGGUUGAUGCAGGGUCAAGUAUCAAUGCAGUUGGACAGGACAGCAACUACACUCAAUAUACUGCAUAUCCAGUAUUCAAUAGAUGCUCAAAUCAUUCUUCCAGAUGAUGUCCCAAAGCCAACCAAACAAAAAUGGGCCAUGAUUUUACGAGACAAGAGUUCCAAAACUGAACAUUCUGUUUUAGUUGGUGGUUCUGUAGAAUUGGAUUGCCAGGCAUUUGGAGACCCUGCCCCUGUAACUGAGUGGUUGUUACCUGAUGGGACCAAGGUUAGAGCUCCAUAUGUAAGUGAAGAUGGAAGAAUAGUGAUAGCAAAAUCUGGUAAGCUCUUAUUACAUUCAGAUCGUUUUGAUACUGGAGUUUAUCAUUGUAUAGGAACCAACUAUGAAGAUGCUGAUGUCUUGACUUUUAGAAUUACAGUGAUCGAUCCAAUUCUGGAGCAGAGCCAUUUAAAUGGACCACAGCUCUCAGUGUUUUUAGGUGAAAUGAUUGAUCUUCCUUGCCUGUCUACAGGUGUCCCAGAUGCUUCUAUUAACUGGGUCACACCAGAAAACAUGAUUCUUCAUAGUUCUUUUAAAAACAAAGUUCUGUUUCACAAUGGCACAUUAAAAAUACAAAAAACAGCAGGACAGGACAACGGUUACUUCAUGUGUAUAACGGCCAAUAAUUAUGGUGCAGAUUUUUUAGUUUACCAAGUACUAGUUAAAAGGAACUUCAACAACUCACAACAACUCACAAAAAAAGAGAUAGUUAAUGAAACAGAAGGGUCUGGCAACAAAGAACAUGACUUUAUUGGCCAAAUUCAAAAUUCUCCUUCUACCAUUCCUGCCCAGGUAACCAGUCAAGCAUCCAUACAAAGUUCAUUUACAAAUUAUUCCAUGCCAAAUAAAACCAAAAACAAUUACAAAGAGGUUUACAGGAAUAAUAGAGGCAAGAUAAGCAGAUGGUUUAGAGGACAAAAGAGACAAUUUGGUCUCUCUACCAACAGAAUUGAUCCAUUGUACUGGGCAACAUUUUUAGGAAAAACAAAAAAUAUCACAUUGCUAAGAAGACAAGAAAAUAUAACAGUAAAACCAACAAGAAAGGUGUUUCUGUCUUCAAAGAGUUCUGGAAAUGAGAGAAUGAUAUCUGGGGAUUAUAUAUUAGCUGAGGAAGAAUUUAUGUUUCUAGCAAAUAAAAGACCUUCAAAAUACACUUUGAGAGAAGCAUCAGGAAAUGUAGUGACAGCAGAACUUGGAAGUAUAUCAGGUAAUUACAGCUUCUUUGCAACACAUAACAUGGUUACAGAAACAGAACCUUCAACUACCAGUUCUAUGGCUAUGCAUUCUGAGAUGCUUAAAGACCAGAACUGGCUAAAUAAACCAAAACCUGAAAUAGAAAGAAUAAGCCUUGAAAGAUAUCAAAUACUGCCUACACCACCAACCCAGAUGGAAAUAACAAUGCCAUCAUUGUUUAAUGAACCCAACAGUACAGCAAACACUUUAAAUUCUUUUCAGAGAUUGGCAUCAUCUGAAGAAGGUAAUUUCUAUUUAAAAAGCAAACCAACAGUAAUACCAACAAUGGCUAUUACUAAUAAUAGCCAGUUUAUAAUUUCCCACAAACUAAUUGAAAAACCUGAUUUAUUUGCAGAGAAAACUGAGAAAGUAUCUGAAAAAUCAAGCCAUCAAGUGUCCUCAGCAGCAGUCAGUGUAUCUAAUGAUGCAUUAAGACAUGGCUAUAUUUACAAUACACAAAAAACAAUACCUCAGUUAUCUGCAGGUUCAGCUGUUGUUGCCCAUCAGCAGAUUGAGGUAGUUAAGGAUUCUACAACUCAUAGUCCAUUCCCCAGAUGGUACAGCAGACGAAGAAAAACCUUUGGUAGAAGACGAAGAAUUAGACCUGACCGUAUUCCCAACAUUGCAGGUCAUAGAUUUGCUUUUGCUAGAUCAGGGUUUGUUCCAGAAAGCUCAAGUCUUACUCUCCCUGCAGAAGUAAACAUAUCAGCUGUAACUCUUUCCAACAUACCAGUUGAAUCACUUACCCCACAAACAAUUACUUGUACUUCAAUCAAACCUCAGUAUCCAAAAUCAACAGUUGCAAAUCAAAUGGUGACAUCCUCGAGUAACAAGAUAGAUACAGAUGAAGUGCAUGAAUCUUUCACAACUGUCCCCUUCUACUCUAAAAGCAUCCAGGUUGCCACACACAAAGAAAUAGAAUCAGGUACACAAUUACAAGUAAUACCUGACAUAGAUCCAUCAGUUAACAUCCAAUUCACAACCAAAAUCCAUAAGCCUAAGCUUAACAUGAAAAGUACAUUUACCAAAGCUAACAUAUCACCUUUCAUGAUCAAAUCCACUAUUCCUUCUUUUGGUAUCCAUGACGGCUCUUCUAGUGUUUCAAAUGGAGAAAUCUCUUGGAGUACUUCUUUUGGUAGCAGCUAUGUUCAAAAGGAGCUACUGGAGAAUCAACCCAUAGUACAAACAAAACCCUCAACUGAAAUAUCUGUUAUACGUUUUCACACCUCCGUACCAACAUACAUAAAUUCAUCAAUAUAUGAAACUGAUGUUUCCAAAAAUGACAAUCAAACUGAUGUUCCUAAAGACUUAAUUAAAGUCAUCAGUAACAAUGUAUCACUAGUAAAACACAAUCCUAUGGUAUCACUCAGUACUACAGAAUCACCAUCUUCAGCCUCUAUGUACAACUUUACAACUGAUCUUAAUAAAGAAACUGAUGCUAUGACCAUCCUACAGACUCUUAAUCCAGCCACCACUGUUGCAAACAAGAUUUCAAAACUCAGAAUGUUUCGACCACUUAGAAAGAAGGGUCAAAGGAGGAGAAGACCUCUGCAGAAGUUAAUGCCCUUCCACAGAAACAUUUUGGUGAAUAAGGGAUUUGCUACAUCCUCUAAAAAGAUUAUCCUUUCUCCUACUAUGCAAACAAUGAGAAAAGUAACUGAGCCUUCUAGUCUCAUAUUGACUGAAUUGUUUUCAAAAUUCACCAGUAUGGAUGUAGUUACAGUUGGUCUACAACCAUCAAUUCUUAACACAGCAGAUGUAAAAGGGGACAAUAAAUUCAUAACUGCUGCUCACGUAUUAGCAAAUAUAACCCUUGAAAAUGCUCACACCAUUAAUCCACCAAUGAAGCUGUCAUCUGAAGAACUUUCAUCUACAGCCCCACUGUUUGAAAUGUCCUUGGAUACAACAAAGACAAGCACAGUGUUAUCAGACACAUCCUUGGUAACAAUGGGACCAAGAUUUACUAGAGUAACACAAACCACUAGACAAGCCGAUAAGGAAUUUUACCAGAAUGUGGGACUAACAGCAGCUCCAAAAACACAAAUAACCAAAACAGCUCCUCAUGUGAAAAAUGAGCUAAACCCACAGACUCCUACUAAUGCAAUUUACAUGACCACUAGUCCACUAGGAUCCCAAACAAGGCUCAUCCAACCUACACAAACCACUUCAUCUCCCAGAUGGGGUAAAAUGUCAUGGCAGUUUCCAUUUUCUAAAAUCAGAGAUAUUGGAAAACCUGUCAUGGUUAACACAUUGACAGUAUUAAAAUCUCCUCAAAGCUCUACCCUGUAUACUCCUUUGUGGAAGACAAAUAAGAACAAUUACAUCAGAAAUUGGUCUGAAAGUACAGACCAGGUAGCCACUACCACCAAUCCAAAAGAUUUAAAUCCAUUCUACCAAACCGGAUUGGCAAAACCCAGAAUAAGUGGAGGAAAAUUUGCAGUGUUCACCGUCCUGGCUAAUUCAGAUGCUUUCAUCCCAUGUGAAGCCAGUGGUAAUCCUCAGCCAACCAUACGCUGGACCAAGAUAUCAGCAGGGGCUGAUGCAUCAAAAAACAAGCGUGAUAACAGAUUUGAGAUUCUUCCCAAUGGCACACUCUCCAUUCAGAAUGUGGGCCUCCAGGAUCGUGGACAGUACUUGUGUGUGGCUGCCAACCAGCACGGUUCAGACAAGCUUCUUGUCACCUUGUCUGUGGUUACCUAUCCACCAAGAAUUCUAGGGAAAAGUUCCAAGAUCAUUACUGUCCACUCUGGCAAGCCAGCAGUUAUGAAGUGUGCAGCUGAAGGCCGCCCCAUUCCUUCUAUGUCUUGGAUCCUCGCAAACAAAACUCAUAUCUCUGAAUUUUCAAUAGAAAACGAGGCUGUUUCUGUACACUCCGAUGGCACCUUACUGAUCAAGAAAGUCAGUGUUUAUGACAGAGGGAUUUAUACCUGCACAGCAAAUAAUCCAAUUGGCUCAGAUACUAUGGCAAUAAGGUUGCAAGUCAUUGCUGCACCACCCAUUAUACUGGAAGAUAAGAAGCAACUUAUACUAGAGAACAUGGGGAAAAGUUUGAAACUUCCUUGCACUGCCAAAGGAGACCCUCAUCCAACUGUUCAUUGGGUCCUCCUUGAUGGAACAGAGGUGAAACCACUGCACUACAUAAAUGACAAGGUUUUUUUGUUUCCUAAUGGAACACUUUUUAUCAGGAAUAUAGUUCCUUCUGACAGCGGGAAUUAUGAAUGCAUAGCUACAAGUUCCACUGGGUCAGAAAGGAGAGUAGUACAACUUCAAGUGGAACAUAGAGAUAUAACGCCCCAAAUUGCAGCUACAUCCCAAAGAUUGACUCAGUUGAAUUUUGGGAAUAGGUUGCUUCUGAACUGCUCAGCUAUAGGGGAGCCAAAGCCCAAGAUAAUGUGGAGAUUACCUUCCAAAGCUAUUGUUGACCAAUGGCACAGAAUGGGAAACCGAAUCCAUGUGCAUCCCAACGGAUCUUUAGCUAUUGAGUCAGUCACAGAAAAGGAUGCGGGUGAUUAUAUUUGUGUGGCAAGAAACAGAAUGGGAGAUGCUUUGAUCCUUUUGAAAGUCAGUGUGACAAUGAAGCCUGCAAAAAUUGAUCAAAAACAGUAUUUUAAGAAACUGGUACCUUAUGGAAAAGACUUCAAAGUGGAUUGUAAAGCUUCUGGAUCUCCUGAGCCAGAAAUAUCUUGGAGUUUGCCAGAUGGCACAACAAUCAAUAAUGUAAUGCAAGCAGAUGACAGCGGAAGUGGGUUUAAGAGAUAUACUCUGUUUGACAAUGGGACUCUGUAUUUCAAUAAGGUUGGAAUGACGGAAGAAGGGGAUUACACUUGCCAUGCUCAAAAUACACUUGGAAAAGAUGAGAUGAAAGUGCACAUAAGAGUGGUCGCAGCUGCACCUCGUAUCAAGCAGAAUUUGAAGAUCUAUGCAAAGAUAAAAGCAGGAGAUGCUGCACUCUUUGACUGUGAUGCUGUAGGGGAACCUAAGCCAAAAAUAUUUUGGCUGUUGCCUUCCAACGAUAUGAUUUUAGCUUCAACUCAGAGGUAUUUUCUCCAUGUUAAUGGGUCAUUGUCAAUCACUAAAGUAAGGCUUUUAGAUGCUGGAGAAUAUAUAUGUGUUGCACGCAACUCUGGUGGAGAUGAUACCAAGGUUUAUAAACUAGAUGUUGUCUCUAAACCACCUCUGAUCAAUGGCUUGUAUUCAAAUAAGACUGUCAUUAAAACAACAGCUGUAAAACACUCAAAAAAACAAAUAGAUUGUAGGGCUGAAGGAGACCCUGUACCCCAGAUCAUGUGGAUCAUGCCUGAUAAUAUUUUCCUAACAGCCCCAUACUAUGGCAGUAGGAUAACAGUACAUAGAAAUGGGACUCUUGAAAUUCGCAAUGUAAGAUCUUCAGAUACAGCAGAGUUUAUUUGUAUAGCACGCAAUGAUGGGGGAGAAAGCAUGCUGGUAGUCCGUUUGGAGGUGCUAGAGAUCCUAAGGCGCCCAGCAUUCAGGAACCCGUUUAAUGAGAAAGUCAUAGCAAAACCUGGAAAAACCAUUUUCUUGAAUUGUUCUGUUGAUGGAAACCCACGUCCUGAGAUAAUUUGGAUAUUACCAAAUGGCACACGGCUCUACAGUGGUAUUAAAACACUCCGGUAUUACCUGGGAAGCAAUGGGACCCUUGCCAUCAAUAGACUUUCUAAAGCAGAUACAGGAAAAUACCGAUGUGCAGCUAAAAAUCAAGUAGGCUACAUUGAAAAGUUGAUCAUAUUGGAAAUUGGUCAAACACCCACAAUUUUUAUCCACUCAGGAGGGACAAUAAAAAGUCUUAGUGGGGAAUCUUUAUCUCUUCACUGUCUAGCUGCUGGAAGUCCCAAGCCAAACAUUAUAUGGACACUUCCUAGUGGCUUUGUCCUAGACCGGCCUCAAAUCAAUAGGAAAUAUACAUUACUGGAAAAUGGUACCUUGCUUAUCAGAGAAACAACCAUUCACGAUAGAGGAAGUUAUGUAUGCAAAGCUCAGAACAAUAUUGGUGAUUCAACAGUAGUUGUUUUUGUAAUGGUUGUGGGACAUUCACCAAGGAUUACAAACCGACCACCAAGGAGUAUUCACACUGUGGCUGGGUUAACAAUUCACCUUCACUGUAUGGCAUUUGGGAUACCAAAUCCAGAAAUUACAUGGGAGCUGCCUAACCAUUCAUUAUUUUUCACAAACAGAGGUCAACUAUCUGGAACUGAACUUCUUCAUCAACAAGGAACAUUAAUAAUUCACAAUCCAAAUUCAUCAGAUUCAGGUAUAUAUAAAUGUGUGGCUAAGAAUCAGUUUGGCAGGGAUUUCACAGUGACAUAUGUUCAAGUUAUUUCAAAUGGGAAUAAAGUCUAAGCUGGACCACUUGGCUUUCAAAGAUAUUUAAUCAAAACCAGUCAAAAGGCAUUUCAAUUUUGGUACUAUUACAAUUCUCACUUUACAGUUGACAAACUAAGAGACAUAGGAUUUGGGAAGAAUCUGCAUUAUGACCUAGCAUUGAUUUUAAGACAAUAUUAAAAAGUAACCUUAAAAACUUAAGGCACUUAAGUUUCCAACAAAAGUAACAGUGAAUAUGACAAUAAAUUCUCUGAAUUUGCAAUACAAAAUAUUUAGCAUAAGAAUGGAUUUUUUAAAAUGCUAGUUUUUAUUUCCCAUUUGAUAGUAUAAACAUUGUAAAGCUAUAGAAAAAAUAUGAUUGCUGGUUUGAUCCAUUAUUGAUGUGAAUUAACAUUUUCUAAUUCUUGAUAGUUUCAAAUAUUUAAAAACAAAAGAUGUGGAUUUGUUUAUACUACUACAAAGUUCUUUCCUGCAGUCCUUUUGGGGGGCAGUGGAAGAACAAAUAGAAAAUAAUUAUUUUGAUUUUUUUUAAAUACAGCUUGCAUUAUUUUUCUACAAUGAAGUGCCAUCAAAACUUGCACGUGAAAAAGUGAAGAUGUAAAUAAUGAGUAUACUGCCAAUUAUUUUACAUGAAGAAAUAAUAAUUUGACAUGUCAUUUGGUUUUAAAGUAUGCUGUGUAUUACCAGUAUACUUUACUGAAAGGCAAGAAACAGUGUGCAGAUGAAAUUAAAAUGAUCCAGAGAGCUCUUCAAAGUAACAUAAACAGUAUGUCCAAGAAUAUACUCCUAGUACUUUAUGUAUUAUGUAGUAAAUAUAUGUAUAUUGUUCUUCAAUUCUAUUCCCAGGGCAGAUUUUAAAAAUAUUCAAGAAAGAAUAUAAUUACUAAUAGGGAAAAGUUCGUUGAGGAAGUGAAAGUAGCAAGAACAUUGGGGGAAAGUUACCAUGUAAUGCUGGAGAUGCUGAUUUUAGAGAAAACUAAACCUGAAUACAAUAAACAUGUAUAUUGGACUUCAAAUAAAACAGAUUUUAAUAAACUUAGCAAUUAUGAAAAAGAUUCUGUGUUAGGGAAAAGCUGAUGGGAA